AUGGAAUUCUCGCGGUGUGUUGACGACUCCUCUUUCGGGCCGGUAGUUAAUCGAUGUCGAGAUAAUUUUGAUUUCACGCUGAAGUUUGAACUGCUGUUCUUCUCCAUCAUUCCUGCGUCGAUUUUCAUAGGUCUCUCAAUCCCACGACUUGCUUACCUGGCCCCGAAGCGUGUUCUGGUAACAGGAAGCUGGUUUCUUGCCAUCAAGCUGGCUGUCAUUGUCUCAUACGUCGCUCUUCAUGUUUCCCUUCUGAUUUUCAGCAUCGACUUGGGUCGUUCUCGGCUGUCAAGUCUCUUCAUCUCGUCAGAGGCCCUCACCCUGGGUGCCGCUGCCUGCAUCGCCACCCUUUCCUAUCUCGAGCACUACCGAUCGCCGCGCCCUUCCAUCCUACUGAACGCGUAUCUCUGCAUUUGCAUUCUCCUGCACAUCGCACAAUGUCGAACAUUGUGGCUCUCUGCUUCAUCGAAGCAAGAUGCCAUCUUCACCAAGAUAUUCACUGUGGCGGUCUCGAUAGAAGCUGCCAUGUUUGUCCUAGAAUCCCGUCAGAAGACCUGCUGGCUAGCAAAAGACACCAAAGGAUGCGGACCUGAGGAGACCAGUGGACUCUACAGUCUCAGCACGUUUACGUGGCUCAACCAAUUGUUCUGGGCUGGCUACAAGAAAGUGCUUGGUCUUGACGAUCUCUUACCACUAGAUAAGGAAAUGGAUGUGAGACGUCUGCACGCGCGGUUUAUGAAGCACGCAGGAGAAACGUUGCACGGUCAAAAGCAUGGCCUGGUAAUCGUCUUAACAAAGACCUUACUAGUUCCCCUCCUCCUCCCGAUUGGGCCCAGACUUGCAGUGACGGGGUUUACCUUUUGCCAGGCCUUCCUUAUCCAGUCAGUUCUCCACUUUCUCGAGGACAAGCCAGAAGAAUCCCAAAACCUAGGGUAUGGACUCAUCGGUGCUACAAUCUUAAUAUAUUCUGGGAUAGCGAUAGCCACAUCCUGGUAUUGGUACUGCCACGAGCGAUGUCUCUACAUGGCGCGCGCCUGUCUCGGCUCGGCUAUCUUUCAGAAGACGACAGAAUCUCGGUUAGAAGUGGCUGGAAAGUCGAGUGCAAUCACUCUCAUGAGUACAGACAUUGAACGGAUUCUCAAGGGUUUCCUAAACCUCCAUGAGUUUUGGGCCAACCUGGUUGAAGUGGCACUCGCCAGCUGGUUGCUUGAGCGAGAAUUAGGAGUUGCAUUCGUCGCCCCAAUCUGUCUUGUUGUUGUCUCGGUCGUAUCUAUUACCUUACUUGGACGGUUCAUAGGAGGUCGUCAAAGAGCAUGGAUGGAGCAAAUUCAAAAGCGCGUGGCGCUCACAGCAACGGUAAUCGCAUCUAUGAAGCACCUAAAGAUCGCCGGGCUCGUCGAUCCUGUAGAAGCUGCGGUCCAAAAACUGCGCCUUCACGAACUACACGUUGGCAGGGGAUUUAGGCGACUUCAAAUCGGGGCGUUAUUCCUCGCUUUCUUGCCCAACCUUCUUGCUCCUCCCAUAACUCUAGCUGCUACCGGGCUUAAUCUAAGCACUCUUACGAUUUUCACGUCCAUCGCCUAUCUCACGCUUUUGACAAUCCCGUUAAGUGAUGUCUUCCGAUCGGUGGCACCGCUCAUGUCGGCACUGACCUGCCUUGGGCGUAUUCAGGCCUUCCUAGAAGACAAAUCACACCUCGACUUUCGGAUAUUGACUAAGAGGCCUGAUCUUACAAAGCCUGCUAGGCCGGCAUCGCCAAGUGGCCCCAUUCUUGAAAUCAUAGAUGGCGAGUUCGGGUGGCAGGAGGACCAGGAAAGCACGGUUAAGAAUAUCAACAUGAGGGUCCAUCGAGCCAGUCUCACCGUGGUUGUCGGACCGGUCGCCUCCGGAAAGUCAACGCUGUGUAAAGGUCUGUUGGGGGAAACUCCUGUAGCUCGGGGUCAGGUACUGAUAGAUACUCUUGAGGGUGGCAUCGGAUACUGUGACCAGACCCCCUUUCUGUUCAAUAAAACCGUCAGAGAAAAUAUUGUGGGCUUCUCGCCAUAUGACCCCACACGGUAUGCAGAAGUUAUUGAAGUCUGUCUUCUGGCUCACGAUAUGUCCUUGUUGCCCAGUGGUGAUGAUACGGUGGUGGGUAGCCAGGGCAUCAGCAUGAGCGGUGGGCAGAAGUUACGGGUGUCUCUUGCCCGAGCUCUGUAUGCGCCGAGCAGCUUAUUGAUACUUGACGACAUCUUCAGUGGCCUCGACGCUGAUACCGAAGAGCAGAUAUUUUAUCGAGUGUUUGGCUCUCAUGGGCUCUUGAGACGCAGAGGGACAGCAGCAAUCUUGUGCACUCACUCUGUUCGACCACUUCCCUCGGCGGAUCAGAUCAUCGCUCUGGAUGAAAAUGGCAGACCGGUCAAUGGCAAAAGCUUACAAUCACUCGAUACCAAUGAUUUGGACCGGAUCCGAGAGCUUGUAGCGCGGGACUCCGCGAAGAUUAACUCGAAGUCGAUACCACAUGCCAAUAUGGCAAUCCCCAAACCGCUUCAGAGUCUUCGGACCCAGGUCGCUGCUCAGAAGAGUGUUGGCGACCUGGCGCGGAAAAAUGGCGACAUCAAAGUGUACAGUCAUUAUUUCAGAAACGUUCCCGUAAUCCCCUUAUUUGCCUUCCUUCUAGCGAGUGUGGCAUAUGGAGGGUUUUACAAUUUUCCCACAAUUUGGCUUCAGUACUGGUCCGACGACAUCGCUUUAGCGCACCCCAGGCAUUCCAAGGGUUUCUGGGUAGGACUGUACGCUAUGUUUGAGGUGUUAGCUCUGUUCGGUUCAACAACCGCCACGCUGUUGGGACUGAACUAUAUGGCUAUUCGAUCGGGGGCUGCUUUGCAUCUGUCGACGCUGCGCGUGGUGACCAGAGCCCCCUUGGCAUUUUUCGCGAAGACUGAUCUAGGCAUGAUCACAAAUCAUUUCUCACAAGAUAUGACUUUGAUAGAUGGUGAGCUGCCAGGCUCCAUUAUUAAUUUCUUCACCGAUGUUGCUGUGGUCAUCGGUAUGGCAUGUAUCCUGGCGGUUACAUCGCCAUACAUAAUAAUUUCAUACCCCUUCGUCGCCAUGGUACUCUAUAUGGUGCAACGUUUCUAUUUGAGCACCUCACGCCAAAUUCGUCUACUGGACCUCGAGGCUAAGAGUCCACUUUAUGCGCAUUUCCUUGACACCGGUAGGGGUAUUGCAACCAUACGCGCAUUUGGGUGGACGGAUGAGCAGAUCCGAAUCAACCAGGAGCUAUUGAACACUUCGCAACGCCCUACCUAUCUUCUUGCGAUGAUACAGCGCUGGUUGUUGUUUAUCCUUAACAUUUUUGUUCUAGUAUUCGCAGUUCUCGCCGUUGCACUCUCAACCCAAUUGCAUGAUAACACAGGAUUCACAGGGUCGGGCUUGCUCACACUCAUGCAGCUCGGGCAGUUCAUGACUUCGAUGGUUCAAUGCUAUGCGAAGUUGGAGACGUCCAUGGGGGCUGUGAGUCGGCUCAAGGCAUUUCGCGACAAUACACCGUCCGAGAUCACGGACACUGACAACAUUACACCAUCACCAUCCUGGCCCUCUAAGGGUCGAGUUGAGGUGCAUGGAGUAUCUGCUUCUUACCAGACUUCUGAGAGCGCGCCCCAUAACCUAGCCUUGCAUGAGCUUAACCUUGCUAUUGAGCCGGGAGAAAGAGUGGCUAUAUGUGGCCGUACUGGAAGCGGCAAGUCAUCAAUCCUUCUUCUUCUUCUCCGCUUGCUGGACCCCCUUCCAUCUUCGGCGCAGAACAUCACCAUCGACGGCGUACCGUUGCACCAGGUCGAUCGCUCAAUUCUCCGCCAGCGUAUCAUUGCCAUACCUCAGGACGUGAUAUUCCUUCCCGACGGUACCUCUUUCAAAGAAAAUCUCGAUCCCUUCGGCCUGUGCUCGGAGGUCGAAUGCCAGUCCAUCCUACAGGAUCUUGACUUGUGGUCCUUGGUUGAAAAACAGGGCGGCCUGCAGGCGGGACUAACUCCCACUAAUCUCAGCCAGGGUCAGAAGCAACUGUUCAGCAUUGCUCGUGCGGUCUUGAGGAGGCGGGCGCGCUCACGGCAGCAGGCUGAAACGGGUCUGCACACAACCGUGCGCAAAUCAGGAGUUCGAGAGUCAGGAGGGGGGAUACUGCUGCUAGAUGAAGUGAGCUCUAGUGUUGAUAUGGAGACGGACCGGGCAUUGCGGAAGGUUAUUGAUAGGGAAUUUGCCGGAUAUACCAUUAUCAUGAUCUCACAUCGUCUGGAGGUCGUCUUGGACUUUGACCGCGUCCUUGUGCUGGACUCGGGCCAUCUAGUUGAGGAGGGGAAGCCGAAAGACCUGGCUCGAAAGGAAAACAGCCGCUUUCGCGAGCUGUUGGUGGCAGCGAGUCAGGAUGGCGUGUGA